AUGGUUGGCCUUAUUAGUGCUUUACUUUCAACAUUUGGUUUUUCUUUACAAAAUAUUUAUUCGAAAAAAUCUCUAAAAGAUAUUUCAAUUCAUCACUAUGCAUUACUUGCGCUAUUAGCCAAAAUCUCCUGGUGUAUGUUUGUACCUUUUUGGUUUUUCUACGAUGGGAUUGAUAUAUUUUACAAUACGAAAUACCAUUCGUACAAUUCAGCCACGAAAAUACUCUUCUACUUAGUUCUUGAUGGUCUUUUGAAUUUUUUACACAAUGUCGUCGCAUUUACAAUGAUUUCAUUAGUAUCACCAUUAUCAUAUAGUAUCGCCAACAGUACCAAGCGAAUCGUGGUUAUUUGUGUAUCGUUGUUGAUAUUGAGGAAUCCUGUGACAAAAACGAAUGUGAUCGGCAUGAGUUUAGCAUUAUUUGGUGUGAUGUAUUACAAUAAAGCUAAACUUGAUCAACGUCGUGCUCAACAGAAGCAAGGCAUUAUACCGCUCGUUCGCAGUGAGCCUGCUCUGAAUACGUUGAAUCUUGGUAAAAUCCAAUUCGCUCAUCCCGAUUCGGAUUUGAUCUCUCGUCAUCAUCCAUCGUUCAAUACAUCUCGUCCGUACUACAAUGGCUUUAUCCCUAACUAUGCCAGUCAAUCAUAUAAAAAUGUUUAA